AUGACUAGUAACGCCUGUAUAAAAUCUGUUGAAAGUAAGGGGAAUGUUGUAAUUAAUGCUUUGGAGAUUACUUCAUCACAAAAUGCAAGACUUAAAGGUGUUGAAAGUGAUGAAAAUUUAACUAAAUCUAAGAGAGGAAAAAAGAGUAAACAAGGCAAGAAGGGCAAGCCUUCUCCCGAAGAAAUAGCUAGAAUCCGUGCUGAAAGAGAAUUGAUGAGGAAAGCUAAGAGAGAAGAAAUGUUGGCAAAGGGUUUAGAUCCAGAUUUUCCCCCAGAAGUGCAAUUCAUCAAGAGGCCGAUGCUUGCCAUCCAUGAUAAAGAAAGGGAUCCUGUGAAAGGGUUUAAUUUUACAUUAAUGACAUAUAAUUGUUUGGCUCAAGCAUUAAUUAGACGUAAACUUUUUCCUGAUAGUGGAGAAGCAGUUAAAUGGUUUCGUAGAUCCAAAGUUUUAUUGAACAAAUUCAGUCAUUACAAAUCAGAUGUCAUAUGUUUACAAGAGGUGGAUUCAAUUCAGUUUCAAUCGUUCUGGAAGGAAGAAUUGGGAAAGAUGGGAUAUGAAUCCCAGUUUUAUAAAAAGGGCUCGAAGAACCACGGUGUGGCAAUUGCUUGGAAAAGAAAUCUUUUUAUCUUAAAAGAUAAAAUGUUAAUAGAUUAUGAUAAAGAACCUAGUGGUGAUAUUCCAACUAGAACGAUCACAAACAACGUAGGUCUUGUUUUAGCAUUGCAAUUUUCUAAGAAAGUUCUAAGUCAAUUUCCUGGUACAAAAAGAUCGGGUAUCUUAAUUGGAACAACCCAUUUAUUUUGGCAUCCAUUUGGAACAUACGAUCGUACUAGGCAAACUUAUAUCGUGUUAAACAAAAUGAAGGAAUUUAUGCAUAGAGUGAAUGUUUUACAGGAAGAAAAUGACGGAGAUGAUAGUCACUGGUUCCCUUUCUUUUGUGGUGAUUUUAAUUCUCAGCCAUACGAUACUCCAUAUUUAUCAAUGGUGCAGAAGCCUAUUAAAUAUAAAGAUAGAGCUAAAUUUGUAAUUGAAUGUAGCACAUCAUUUAAGUUUUCCAAGAAAAGAGACGGUGAAACAGAUCUAGAUGAUGAGGAAGGUGGUAACAUUGAAAAAUUUGGUAAAGAUCAACCCCAAACCCCUGUUCCAGAAUUUUUUAAUCCAACAGAAGAACAAGCUACUAUGGUUAAAAACAUGGAAAAUUUGCAUAACAGUCUCGAUAUGAGAGCUAUCUCCUUAUACUCAGUCGGCUAUCAUAAAGUACAUCCAGAAAAUGCUGGAAAAGAUAAUUGUAAAGGUGAACCAGAGAUUUCAAAUUGGGCUCAUACUUGGCAUGGGCUACUAGACUAUUUGUUUUACAUAAGACAAUGGGACUUUGAUGAUAAACGUAAAGUUGACUUGUUAGAUGAUUUCGAAAAAGAGAAUGGUUUUAAAAUAAGAGGAUUAUUAAGAAUGCCUGGAAAAGAAGAAAUGGAAAAGUUUGGUCAUGGGCAACCAUACACUGGAGAGUAUCCAAGUGAUCAUCUAACCAUGAUAUGUGAUUUAGAGUUGGAUAUGUAA